AAUUGAUAAAGGUGAAGGUCAUUCUGUAGUGUCUUGCUGGGGAAGGAAUUUCUGAACUGAAGUUGACUACAUCCUGUUAUUUAAGACAAUGGCUUUGGAAGGUGUUAGUCUUAAGCCCUCAAAGGAGGUGGAGGAUUUUGAUCUGGAGGACAUUGACAAAAUUCUCUCACAGCUGACAGCAGAAGAGAUUGAGGAGCUCAAUGGCGACUUUGACCCUGAUAACUCAUUUCUGCCACCAAGUCAGCGUAUGAAACCACAGACCACAAAGGAAGCGACGGGUCCAUAUAAGCGGGAGAAACUUCUGGCCUUCCUGGAAAAGAAAGCCAAAAAUGAGAAAGACUGGGAACAGAUGAAACCUUUUGUCAAAGAAACCAAGGGGAAAGUGUAUAAACCAAAAGAGGAACCCAAGGCCCAGAUACACGAAGACGAGACUGUACAGACAGAAUGGGACGACAUCUUAGCUGAGGCCACAGAGGAGGAGCUUGUCGACCUUGCUGCUGUAUUGGGAUUCCAUGGCAUGCUGAACCAGACACAGUACUACGCUUCCCUGGAGAGUGAUAGUAUAUCUCAUACAGGAGGCUUCUCAGCAUCUCCAGGAUCUGCCAAAGCACAGGCCCUGAAGCUGGUACCUUCCGAGCCCCCUAACAAUACAGAUGUGGAGGAAAGCAUCAAGAAAGUCCAGGGCAAUGAUGCCAAACUGAAAACACUUAACCUCAAUAACAUCAAGAAUAUUUCAAACGAGCGUCAGAUUGAGAUUAUAGAGGGACUCAAAACCAACACCUGUUUAGAGACACUUGAAAUGGCUAACGUCGCUAUGACCGAUAAAGUUGCUACAGUUGUCCCAGCUGCACUGAAGGCCAACAAGACACUCAAAGUGCUGAGUCUGGAAUCUAACUUCAUCAGUGGAGAUUGUUUGGUGGAGAUCCUUAAGGCUAUUAAUGAGAACCAAACAAUUCAGGAACUCAGGUUUGCUAAUCAGAAACCUGAGGCUCUAGGAAACAAAGUGGAGAUGAAAGUACUGAAGCUGAUAGAAGCUAACACCUCCCUACUUAAGUUUGGUAUCCAUUUCGAAUUCCCCGAACCCAGAGUCCGUGUCCACGACAAAAUACAAAACAACAAUGAUGAAUUGAGGAAGAAACGGUUAGGAGAUGCCAAAUCUGAGUCCUAGAUAUCAAUUUAGUCAUGUGAUUGGAUUGUAACCAACCACUGCAGUCGUAAGAAUCAUGUGACAUUAGACUAUUUUAGAACUAUUUUAAUUAAGUACAACUUUCCUGUAUGAAGGAAGAGGAGAGUGUCCAGUGCCAUUAGGAGGAAUGUCCAUCUCUAGACAGGAUGUCAGACAUCCUGGAUCCUGUCUGUGGGGAACCAAGGGAAAUGUAUUUCUCUAGAUAUCCUGUCCCAGAUUCCUGUAAAAUGACCCUGGGGUGGGACAUCCUAUCCCAAUAUUCCAUAAAAAAGGCCAUGGAGGGACAUCUGGUCCCAAAAGUUUGUAAAAAAAAACCAUGGAGGGACAUCUGGUCCCAAAAGUUUGUAAAAAAGACCCUGGGCUGGGACAUCCUGUCCCAAAGUUUUGUAAAAAUAUCCUUGGGAGACAUCCUAUCCCAUUGUCCUGUAAAAAGGCCCAUGGGGACAUCCUGAUCUCUCUUCUGUACAUCCCCAGGAUUGAGGGGAGGGGAUGUCCUGAUCUCUCUUCUGUACAUCCCAAGGAUUGAGGGGAGGGGACGCUUUGAUCUAAUCCCUCACUUUAUAUAGGAUGGUCUAGUCUCUCAGCAGCUGUUCUUAGUCAUUGAUAUUACCCAAAGGGAGACAACUCUGUGCUGCGAUACUCAAAUGAUCGAGUCUACAAUCUACAAACCCUAUCUCAUCAUGGAUGUUAGUCCUGGAAUCAACAUGACAGCAGUGGAUUCUCCGAGGCCUUUAGUCUGAGUGACUCUCUACUGUGAACAUAGUUUCCAAGGGGCACCUUAUAUUAAUUACCUGCUGUAUAAGUUAUAGGACACAGACCACAGAUUAUAACCAGGAAUAUGUUACCUGUGUUGUGGACUUUUCUUACCUGGAGUUUAUCUCUCGACAUAUUUGUAUUGUUUGAAAUUGUCCACUCUAGUAGAAAACAUAUUUGUAGUGUUGGCAACAAAACUGUCAACUCUAGAAUAAAACAUAUUUGUAUUGUUGGCCAUGAAAUUGUCCACUCUAGUUGAAAACAUAUUUGUAUUGUUGGCAACAAAACUGUCAACUUGAGAAGAAAACAUUUUUGUAUUAUUAGCCACAAAACUGUCCACUCUAGUAGAAAACAUAUUUCUGGUGUGUUUGUGCUGUGCCACAACAGAAAGCAUUGUGAGAUACAUGGGGAUUUAAAAAUCAUUUGUCAUGAUAAAAUAUAACUGUUUUAUGAAUAUCUUGCUGUACUUGUUCAGAGUGGUGAUAUACCAUUAUGUACUGAUCAAAUGGUCGUGUUAGGCGGAAUCUUUUUUAAGGCAUGAAUUGCUACUUAAUGCUCAAUACCUGUUCAUGUCGGAGUUCCAGGAUUUCUGCAGGGGGAUGAUUCUUAGCUGGAAUUGACUGAACCUUCCCAAGCUGCCGUUAUUGUGAGGCCUUUCCUGCCAUUUUUUAGUUUCGGUGGAUAAUAUUAUUGUUUGUAAAAAAAGAUAUGUGACAGAAUGUGAUCGACUUUCCUAUUAUGUGAGUGAAAAAAAAAAACAGAAAAAAAGGAAGAAGAGUAUAAAAUAAGAUUUGAUAGUGAGUGAGAGAAAGGGAUAUUGGACAAAGAAUGAGUGUGUGUAUUCUAUUAGCUGCUGUAAAGUCAACUGGUCAGGGGAGACAACCCCUUAUCAAGGUAGACAACCCUUUAUCAAGGGAACACAAUCCCAAAGUUAAGAGGAAACUCAUUGAGUGGAUGUAACCGCACACAGAGAGUAACUUCCUAUACUUAAAAGGCAAUCCCAUUACCAGGGGAGGUAACUCCUUGUCAGGGGAGGUAACUCCUUGUCAGGGGAGGUAACUCCUAUCAGAAGACAACCCAUCGCAUGCUUGUCAUUUGUUUUAGCAAUACUUAAAUUGGUUGUUGAAGUAUUUCAUUUUUUUGUUUUUAUAUAGAAAAUUUGUAUUAUUUCUUAAAUUAUUCCCUUUAUAUUGAACUAUAUAACAUGUAUUAUCUAGGUGAUUCUUAAAUAUUUAAAUAAUACUACGUUUUUGUCCUGGUGGAGCCAGCUAUAUGUUAUUAAAGCUGGUUUCUGUUUUUACUUGUCCCAGAUUUUUAUAUUAAUUAUAUAUAGCUUUGUUUCAUCUACAGCAAUAAUAUAAAUAUGUAGCCCACUAACAGCCGUCUCAGGGCAUAGAUCCAUCGCCAGUCACUGACCACUUAAUAUGACCAUAGUGUCAUUCUUUGACCAGAGUGUACCGGUCAGUGUCCAACCACAGUGUUCCAGUCAUUGUCUGACCACAGUAUGCUGGUCAGUGUCUGACCACCGUGUACCAGUCAGUGUCUGACCACCGUGUACCGGUCAGUGUCUGACCACCGUGUACCGGUCAGUGUCUGACCACCUUGUACCGGUCAGUGUCCACCCACCGUGUACCGGUCGGUGUCUGACCACCAUGUACCGGUCGGUGUCUGACCACCGUGUACCGGUCGGUGUCUGACCAUCUUUCAAUGCCUACAUGACUAGUCAGAUCUAUACACCGUGUUUUUGCUACACGAGGUGCUUGCCAUGCAUUAUCAGUGUUGAUUGUAGAACUGAAAUCAAACUGAAAAAUUCAACACCUAGUCCCGAUUUCUUUAAAAAAAAAUUAUUAGUUUAAUUAAAAAGAUAAUGUCAUCAUCCUUCAGUAAAGUCCAUCAUUAUUACAAAUAAAAAUUGUCAUCAUUAUGUAAAUAUGAUUAUGAUUUUGAUUUUAAUAAGAGUUCAGUUUUUAAGGAAUAUUAAGUAAAAGAUUUCUUCACUGCGACACCACAGACUUUGAUUAGAAAAUUGAAGUUCUUUAUGAAACUUUCUUUAUAUAAUUUCAGAAACCAGCAAGUUAUCGACAGUGUAUAAUAAAAGUAAGAACAAUAUUUCCUUUUUUUUUAAAACUUUUUUUUAGAUAUCGGGGAAAGAGUUGUAUUUAGCAAAAUUAAAAUUACAGAUUUAUUUGGUAAUUAAUUUCUCUUUGCUUCUUUAGCUUGUAAGAUGUUUAUUUUCUAGCAGAUCUGAGAUAGCUUUACUCGAGGUGCUUUUGUUACACUUGGAUAGUUGUAGGAUCCCACACACCGUCGGUUCAGCCGACUACAAUAAAAAACAAAACAUUC